AUGGAUAAUGCAUCUCUGCAAAAUGGCAUUAAGUUGCAAGCAAAGCAUUCAUGGGUCACUUUACAUUCGCUUCUUCAUUCUGAAAGAAUUUCGUACCGUCAAAAUGGGUAUAUAUGGUUAGGGGAUCUGCUUAUUGCUGAAAUUAGUGAGGAGAGAGAUGGAAAUAUAUGGUCGAGUAUCAGAUACUUCCAGCAGGAAAUUGCUCAAGCAGGAACUCAGGAUUUUUUGGAUACAUCAAAUAUUCCUUUGUCCAUUUUACUUCUGUGUGGCCUUCUAAAGUCCAAAUACAACUACAUUAGAUGGGGAUUUUUGUUUGUUCUUGAAAGACUUCUUAUGAGGUUCAAAUUUUUUCUAGAUGAGCAUGAAAUGCAGCUAUCAAACAGCAAAACUCUGGAGCAUGGCAAGAAAGAUUGGCAUCUUGAGAAAGCCAAUGCAGUCAUCGACAUAAUGAGCAGUGCUUUGUCUUUGGUGUUUCAGAUAAAUGAAACAGACCAUAUCAAUAUUCUGAAGAUGUGUGACAUACUAUUCUCUCAAUUGUGCUUAAGAAUUCCUCCUGCUACCGCUCCACCCUUUGGUGAUGAUGUGCAGCAAGAUAGAAAUAUAAAUCUCACUAGUGUAAGCAAAAAAUAUGACAUUGAUAAUCAUGUUCCCAAACAAGAUACCUUCCUCUGGGAUGAACACAAGGAAGAAUCUAAUAGAAGACCUGGCUACCCUAAUAACUACCUUCCAGAUCACGAGACGGCAUCAAUGGCAGCUCUUCUCCAAGGACGAGCUAUUGUCCCCAUGCAGUUAAUUGCACGUGUUCCUGCUGCCUUACUAUAUUGGCCGCUCAUUCAAUUAGCAGGCGCAGCAACUGAUGAUAUUGCUUUAGGAGUUGCCGUUGGAAGUAAAGGAAGAGGAAAUCUGCCUGGUGCCACAUCAGAUAUUCGGGCUAUACUUAUCUUGCUUCUUAUUGGUAAAUGCUCAGCAGAUCCUGUUGUUUUCCAGGAAGUAGGCCAGGAACAAUUUUUCAGGGAACUUUUGGACGACACAGAUUCAAGAGUGGCAUAUUAUUCAUCUGCUUUUCUUCUGAAGGCAUGA